AUGCGUGUCAAAAAUCCAAACAGCUGGGAUAUGACUUUUGGUGGAAAAACAGUGGUGUUAGGUGGAGAUUUUAGACAAAUACUACCAGUAAUUCCAAAGGGAUCGAGACAAGAUAUUGUGGGAGCCAGCAUAAAUUCAUCCUAUCUUUGGAGAAGUUGUAGAGUAUUUAGGCUAACAAAGAAUCUUAGACUCAGGACCUUGCAAUCAAAUACUGAAGCUCAAGAGAUUGAAGAAUUUGCUAAAUGGAUUGCCAAUAUAGGUGAUGGAAAAAUUGGUGAUUCAAGGGAUGGAGAAUGUGAGAUCAAGAUUCCUCAGGAAUUUUUACUAACGUGUGUUGAGGAUCCUAUUGCUACAAUUGUUGAUAGCACAUUUCCUAUGUUUCGCAGUGGUAACCGAGAUCUGAAAUAUCUAAAAGAUCGUGCAAUUUUGGCCCUAACUUUGGAUAUUGUUGAUACAGUCAAUGAAUACAUGAAUGAAUAUAAUAAUGCUGAAGGAAGGACGUAUCUCAGUUGUGAUUCAGUUUGCAAAUCGGAUUCUAAUGUUGACAUGCUUGCUGAUCUGCACACACCGGAAUUUUUAAAUGGAUUACGCUGUUCUGGAGUUCCAAAUCACUCAUUGACUCUAAAAGUCGGCUCACCAGUUAUGCUUUUGAGAAAUAUUGAUCACUCAUUGGGGUUGUGCAAUGAUAAUUUCAAAGUUGGCUGA